AUGGCUCCUGCAAAGCCCACGACUUAUACCGCUGGAUCUCACCCCGUGAGCAAAUUCGAGGGCGCCUUCGUUGUGACCAAGCACACGCCCCCGAAGGACCGCAACAUCUACUUCCACGUGCGCAUCGACCCGAACCACCCCCGGCUGCUCGCCCUCCAGGCGGCGGGGAAGAAGCCCCCGACGCACUUCCACCCGCGGCAGUGGGAGUACUUCAAGGUCGAAAGGGGCUCCCUCACCGUCGAGAUCGACGGCGUGCCGCACGACUUCACCGCCGCCGACGGCGAGUACGCGCUGCGCCCGGGCCCGCACCACUGCCUCUACGGGACGCCCGGCCAGGCGCCGGGCACCGCCGUCGAGUUCUGGCUGAGCGCGUCGCCGUCGGGCGUCGCGGGCGAGCUGGACCAGGCCUUCUUCGAGAACUGGUACGCGUACCAGGAGGAGGUCAUGCUCCGCGGGGCCGCGCCCGACCCCAUCCAGGUGCUCAGCAUGUUCGACGCGGGGGACAGCUACCUGUCGCCGCCCGCCUGGGUGCCGUUCCGACGCUUCUUCGGCCGGGCGCUCGGGGUCGUCGUGGGCCGCCACGUCGGCGGCCUCCUCGGCUAUGCCCCCUUCCUGCCCGAGUGGACGACGGACUGGGAUGCGGCCUGCCGCAAGAUGAGUCUUCACUGGACGCAGCGGCGGUUUGCCGUUCCGGGCCUGCAGAAGGAGAGAAGGGCUGAAUAUCUCGGUCGAGGGCAGUCGAUAGGGAAUGAAGCGUUGUAUGAAGAACUCGGUGGUUAUGAGAACUGGGUGGCCAAGAAGACAAAGUGA